AUGCAUGAUCCACCACCACCUGUACUUCCACCCAAGCCGGGCAGCCACGACACAAGUCGUAUCGGCACGCCGAUUAUGGUCAACUCACCCUGGCCAGGCACCGGUGUUGGGCCUGAUGCGGAGAGUGCAGGUGGGAGCCGUUCGAACCAGGUCACUCAGCCUGCCGGGCUCGAAAUUGCCCGACCCGGGCCCGUGCCAGACCCGGGUGAACAGUGGCUUCCCAAGGUGUUGCAGGACAAGGCGAAACAUGAUCUCGCUGAUAUAGCGACGAAUGUGGACCUCCUCAACGCCCUGACACAUGCACCAAGUGCGAUCCAUCCAUCUCUCUCAUCAUCUCACAAAGCCCUUCAAGCGGCGUUGACCGAGAAUCUUGAGCUUGCGUCGCGGCUUGUCGAGCUCGAGACUCGUCUGGCCCUCCAGCGGUCCACAACGCAGGCCCAGCUUCUUUCGACGCAUGCACUCGAGCGCCAAUGGCGGCAGAAGCAAUCCGACAUGGAUCACGCUUUAGCACCCUUCUCCCCGGCUGCCAUGUACCAACGUUUGGGGCAAGGUGUCCAUGAGCAGGCAUCUGUGUGCCACGUCCUAGAGGAGAGCUUCAUCGAUGGGGAGGGAGAUGGCGCGUAUGCCUCAGAGAGAGAAACGUUGGACUGGAUCAAGAGAUAUCGGGAUGCCAAGGUGCUUUACAAUCUCCGGCAAGAGAGGAAGGAGCGGUGGGAUGAGGGCCGCGUUGGGGGCUGGAGGUGA